AUGGAUCAUACUACUUGUUUCAACGAUCUCCCAGUAGAAAACAGUCGCCAUGAAGUGCAAGCCCAUCUAGUUUUUGAGCAACCCUGGGGAUGGUAUAUAGUUCUUGAAGGAUUUAAUCGGAAAAGUGAUGAACCUUUAUAUAUCUGCAAUCCUGUUACUCGAGAAAUUGUGACUCUUCCAGCAUUGAGUAUCAAAAACAAAAAGAAUAACAUUAGCGUUGUGCAUGGAUUCGGUUACCAUCCUUUAACUAAGGAGUACAAGGUUGUUAGGAUUUGGUAUGGUUCAAUUGGGAGUAGUAAUGGCGUGAUAGGACAUGUAGAGGUAUAUACUCUUGGCAGUGGCUGCAAAUGGCGGAGUAAACCAAAAAUUGAUUACAAUGUUGUACCUAAUGAUGAAAAUGGGAAUAAUUGUGUUAAUGGAUCUCUUCAUUGGCUCAAGUACGGAACGGGUGAGAUUGUGGCCUUCGAUUUGGCAGAAGAGGAAUUCCGCUUCGUUCAUACACCACCUGGUUUGUCCUUUAACACCCCAUCAGUGAUAUCUAGUACAAUUUUUGUCAUGAGAGGCUGUUUGUGUCUUUCUUAUGAAUAUGCAAAGGUUACUGACUUAUGGAUGUUAAAGAAAAAUGAUGAGAAAAAUGCAGGUAGUAGUAAUCUUUGCAAUGCAAAAGACCAGUAUUACAAGUCUCGGAGUUGGAUUAAAGAGUCACAUGUAGGAUUUCCAUCUGUAAAUCGAGUAUUUAAGAUAUUUGGCCUUAGCCAAGAGGGUGAUGUGGUACUUAGGCACAUUCAUGGUUUUUUGAGUCAGUAUAAUGCAGAGAGAGGAGAUGUAAAGGUUUAUAUGACGGAACGCAACAAUAAAGCAUUUUAUUCCCGGAUUAUGUCCCACGUCAACAGCUUCAUUUCAUUGAAAGCACUUGGAGAAGCAAAUGCAGAGACAUGCACCGGAUCAAAAGAUGCUGAUGACGAGGUAACAAGUCAAACUGUACCCGCAUAUAUUGUUGAAGAUUACUACUCUUUAUAG